CUGUGAAUGUGUACCUUUAACCUAAAUGGAAUCCACGUGUUUAAUUUAUCCAUGCACAUGACGUAUUAAACGGGAGAAUUCCACGUUCAAUUUUGUCAUGCAUAUCAUUCAGUUAAUAUUCCUACAAGUGUUAUUAUACUGUAUAAAUUAUGUGUAAAGUUAUAAAUAGUCAGCGCUUUCUUGAGCGUAAGCUACGGGCUGUUAAUAUCGAUGUUCCAUCGAAUAUAGUAAAAAGUUUUAAAGUCUUAGUUUUGAAGCUAGAGGAAGAAUACAUAAGGCAUUACACUAUUGUAGAACGCCAGACGCUAAGAGAUCUAAAUUCCAUCCACUGGGUUCCAUCGUUGAGAAGGUAUUGCAACUCACUAGGAGUUAGCAUUAGUGAUAACUUUUUUAUAAACGACGAUCUUACACUUGAAGGAAUUUUUUAUAUAUUGAAUAAAUUAACUUCGAUAGCAUUAGAAGAAGAGUAUGUAGAUUUAGCGUCAGAUUCUCAACUAGAGUCUUUUGAUAAUAGCAAUUACUUGGACUUAGCCCAUCGUAAUUUGGAUAUAAUGAAAGAAAAGGUCAAUCAUAUAUUUGAAUGUCUUGAUAUACCACCAUUAGGAAGCCACAGUUCUGUUGGGGAAGUCCGUUCAGCCAUAGAACUCCUAUUAGAGUUAUUUUAUAGAUGGUCACAUGAAACAUCGAAAGGGAAUACGCAAGAUGUGGAAUUUAUGAUAGAUUUGGGUGAGGUUCCUUCUGGUAUAAUAUCAGAGAAACGAACUGUAGUCACAGCUACUCGUAUAUUACGUGCACUUCAUUCUAAAGAACUUUCGAGGCUGCAGGACGAAAUAAUAUGGCUCACAGAGAGAUUCCAACAGUUAACGGCAAAUCCAUGCACCAACAUUAAGUCAUCAUAAUAUAUUAUUGGAAUAUUAC